UGCUAUCCGCGGCAUUUAUAAGCGACAACACCGGAAGCGUGAAAAACUUUUCUUAAAAAAAAAUAAUCAAAAUUAAUCGCCUCCAAAAAAGCACACCACCGUAAAACAGCGCUUGAUCGACGCCUGCAGAGCUUACCGCCAGUAUAGCAAUUAAUCAGCCCGUGACACACGUAAGCAUACCAAAACACACACACACACCAGCGGCCCGCCUGAUGCAAGCGCGAAAAAGCUCUCGGCGGCGGCGCCGCAGAGGGAGCGGAGCACGUGGCGGCAGGUGUGCGCAGGUGCUCGUAUACGUACAACAGAGCCAGCUCUCCGCAUAGUCUUCUCAUUAAAGUCGCCAGUGUGUAGUCGUCGUCGGCGGGCGCCGCGCGCGACGCCGCUCUCUACUCCUCGUGCUUCCUUCUGAUGUGUACACAUAACACAUGUAUGUGAGCCAGUUCGUCUUUUGCAUGUCCGUGGAAUAGGAGUCACGUGCACUACUGCGACUGCUGCUCUGGUGCAUUGGGUGAAGUCGCUUGGAGCCGUGGAUAUAUAGGAGGAGGCGAUCGAAGAGCGCAGCGACGAUGCGAUGGCCGAGGGAAGGAGAGAUCGCUCUGGCAGAAGAAAGCGCAGAUCGGCGGCGGCGGAGCGAAGUGGCCGGCGCGCCUCCUCGGACAGCGAGCUAGCGCAGGCCGCGUUCGACCUCUCGCGAGGCCGACGCGAGAAGCGGGACAAGUCGGACAACUGGCGUGAGAAAUGCCACUUCCACGAGGGCCUCGACGUCGACCAACUGGCGAGGUAUCGGCGCAGGCGAGUCGAGAGCCAACCCAGGGAUCACCUCGGACCCUGUGCGCCGGACGAGGACGAGGAGGACGAGGAGGAGAAGCGCAAGAAACUCGUCACCGAGUACAGGCUGGCCUUUAGAACGAGUAGCGAUGACGUCUUCCGCGAUGCCGAGGGAAGCGUAUCGCCGGUCAGAACGAAGCGUCAUGUACAAGACGAUCGGCCACCGGUACCUCUCACAGCGGCUAACACACGGGCUUCCUAUCACGUUUUUCCAUUAGAAGGUGUAAAGAGCGACCGCGACAAGGCGAAACCAGACUCGUCGUUCGUUUACAAGACGCAGAACGAAAUCGACUUCGCGAAAAUCAUGGACAUGGGAACCGACGUUCUCAAGAGGCCGGCGCCUAUCAGACGGGGGACGACACUUCGCUACGAGGGCGACUUCAGCUCGGCCACGGAGUACUCCAACUACGUGGCUCACCCUGGGCACCAUCGAUCGGAGCUGCGUCGUCGAGGGACAUCUCUGAGGAUGGAGGGUGACUUUGCUGGGAAGACGGAAAAGGACGACAAGUUCGUCGAGUGGCCUGCGGAUACCUGGUGCCGACCCGAACCUGCCAAACUUCCGACGCAUCUGAAGAUGGAGGGACAAUUGCAGACCAGUACCGAGUGCCAUGACAAGUAUGUGCCCUUUGUCGGUGCCAGGAGGCCCGAGAUUCUCAAACAGUCGGAUCAUCUGAGGCUCGAGGGGGAUUCCAGCUGGACGCCUGAGUACAGCGAUGUGUUCAAGGAGUACGAUUUCGUUGAACGUCGAGCUCCUAAGGUGCCGGAAUCGAAUCUGAGGCCGGGAGGUGGAUUCUACGAGAAGACAGAGACGACGGAAUUCUUCUCGGACCCACGUGACAAGGAGGCCGAGUUGAUGGCCGAACUUGCAAAAGACGCCGAAGAGGAGGAGGAGAAGAAGAAGAAGGAAGAGGAGGAAAGGAGUCGGCUGAAGAAAGAGGAAGAGAUGAAAUUGCUCGUGUCGAAGUUGGAAGACUUGAAGGGGCCACCGCUCGAGAUUCCGGAGUACAAGGAUGCUUACAAGGAUUUCCCGCGCGAGCGUCCGAAGCUACUAAAACCAGAGGACGAAAUCGGCCGAGCAGACGGUUCGAAGGUCAGCAACGCCUCUCCGAGUCACUCUCGCUUCAAGACCAAGAUCGACCAGGACCCGGAGUACAAGUCCAUCUACCUGGACCCGGCCAAGGAGCGUCCGGUCUAUCACAGACCACCGAUGUCCCUCCGACCGUCCGACAACUCGUCCAGUCGGAGUAGUGUCCAAAUGAGGGGCCCGACGCAGCUCGAUGGCUAUCACUACCAGCGGAGAGACUCGAGGAGAUCCGACGCGCCUCUGAGUGAAAUUCGCUCGCAGUACGUGAACUAUGGACAGGUGCCCAGAGUUGAGAGCUUGAGGAUGCCUGCGAACCUUAGGCUGGAGGGUAACAUCGACCUGGAGCCAGAGUACCGCAACGCCUACGGCUCCACUCAAGACUACCGGCGAGAUUCUCACCAGUCGGUCCAGCCGAACUACAAUCCGAAACGUCGUGAUCGAAGCCUCAGCGCGUCUAGGCGUAAGGACAGCAAUUACUGGAUCGAUAACGAUAACCGCGAUCUUUUCGGGACUAUCAAUGCUGCCGAGGAUCAGGACGCGUUUCAGGUGCUGCAGACCAGGGUUCACGAGGAAAGUGUUGUUGGGAAACCGCCUCCGGGCAGCAAACGGAAUUCCAGGUCUUCCCUGGCACGAGACUCGCUGGACAUCGAUCGAUCGGCUCUUCGGAAUAACCGCUCACCGAGUCCCAGCAGUUACAGGCUGCAAGUGACCCAUGCGGACGAGCAGCCUCGAGGCUUUGCGAGACAGAGACGUUCCCCUAGUCAAAAUCUUCAAAUCCAUCCGUCCACCGAUCGAAGCCCUUCGCCUAUUCAACAGACGGCAGAACGUCCCUACUCGCCGAGCUUCGCCAGGGAAAACUCGGCUUCUCACUCUCGACAGCAACAAGCUUUCGUCGUCCUGGACAACAGGGACCAGGAGGACGAACUGCCCAGAAGACGACGUACCGAUAGGAACUACAAUCCGAGGGAGAGCUUGACGGGUCUAAACCGACAGAGCAACGGCAACGUGGCCAGGCCGAGAAAUCGAACGCCGCCCAAUUGGAUGCCACCCUGGUACGACAGUAGUACGAGUACUAUCUAAGCAGAGUAUUGUUGAAACAGACGUGUUUUUGUAAAUAAUAGAGAGAAAUUGGUAGACAUUAGUUUGGAGUUUUCUCGAAUAGCGAUUUCGAGCCUGACGUAUUCGAGAUACUAUCAUGAAUUAAGAUCAAAUAUUUUGUUAAUAAUAUUAAUGUUUACGAUAUACUAUCGAUGAUUAAUACUGCCACGAUCAUUUAAAAACAGCAAUUUCAUACGCAUGCUAGUAAACAUACAUAGUUACAUACACCUUAACGUAAAAACAGGUACAGCAUCUAAUUUUUAUAUAUAGUUAUGGCAUUAUGGUGAUUAUUUCGAUGUUAAUGUAAAGUUCAUUGAUUAUGAAUUAGUCCGAAUAUUUUGAUAUUGCCAAGAGUGAUUUAUUUUUGUAAUUAUUUACGAUUACGAUAUUUUUGAAUUAAUUUAAAAUAUAUUUUUCAUUAGUCAAUAAAGAUAGUGUUGUCAUUAUAAAUUAUAGUAUAGUAAAAAGCAUGGACUCAUUCACAAUGUGAACAAAAAUAAAAAAUGCGAAUGAAAAAUACAUUUAUCGAAUAGCAAUAAUCAAGAAAUUUGUAAUCCUUCGCCAAUGCAAACUUUCGUAUACAGUAAUGCUCAGGUACUGCAAGACAUAUUUGCGAUCAACAGUUUUAAGAACUAUAUAUAAUUACGACGACAACUUGUACUGCCGACUGAAAGAAUAUUAUCAACGAAUAUUGUUACCGCUAUGUAUGUACAAUGAAACAUUGUAGAUCUUCCACGACAUAUAAUUUUUAGAGAACUAUAAUAGUACUAGAAAUAAAAAAAGUAAAUACGUAAGCAACACGUACGUAGUUUUAACAGAAAUUUUUAAUACAAAUAUUGUUGAUUCGCAAGACUUUAUACGUUACCUUUUCUCCAAUGUCUAACGAAACGAUUAUUUGCAUUGGAAUUUUAAUAAUAUAAUAGAAAUAACUUUUAAAACGAAUGAAUUUUAUUGUUAAAACGUCAUAAACUCUGAAAGUGAAUUUUUGUGCAAUUAUAGACACAUGGUUUAUUUUUUACUAAAUUAAACGAUUAUACUACA